CCACUGUUUUCCAAAUGGCGCUGCUCUCUUCGACCAUGGCGGACUCCACGAAGUUACAGAAAUACUUCCAAACACACAACAGAACAAGAGAUUUUUCAGCACACGCUGCCAAGGUUCAUAGUGUAGCUUGGAGCUGCGAUGGACGCAAGCUCGCUUCUGGCUCAUUUGAUAAAACUGUCAGUUUAUUUCUUCUUGAGCGGGAAAGAUUGAGUAAAGACCAUACAUUCCGAGGCCAUGCAGACAGUGUUGAUCAGCUGUGUUGGCAUCCCACUCAUCCUGAGCUUUUAGCUACUGCCAGUGGCGACCGGUCUGUACGGAUAUGGGAUGCCCGUACCUCAAAGUGUGUGGCUGUCGUUAACACAAAAGGUGAAAACAUCAACAUAUGUUGGUCACCGGAUGGCUCGACGAUAGCCGUUGGAAACAAAGAGGACUUGGUGACAUUUAUUGAUACAAAAUAUUACAGGUCUAGGUCAGAUGAACAAUUCAAGUUUGAAGUAAAUGAAAUUUCGUUCAACAACGACGGUGACCUAUUUUUCCUGACCAGUGGUCAAGGUUGCAUCCACAUUCUCAGCUACCCUAGCCUGAAGCCUCAGCACGUUCUCAACGCUCACCCGGCCAACUGCAUCUGCAUCAAGUUCGACCCGACGGGCCACUACUUUGCUACGGGCAGUGCAGACGCGCUGGUCAGCGUGUGGAACGUGAACGAACUCGUCUGUGAGCGAACGUUCUCCAGGCUGGAGUGGCCGGUGCGCACCCUGAGCUUCAGCCACGACGGCAAGCUACUCGCCUCCGCAUCCGAAGAUCUCGUCAUCGACAUCGGCGACGUGGAAACAGGUGAGAAAGUCGCCGAAAUCGCCUGCGAAUCGCCCACGUUCACCGUUGCCUGGCAUCCUAAGCGCCACCUGCUGGCAUUCGCCUGCGACGACAAGGACAAGUACGACCGAGAUCGCGACGCAGGCACGGUGAAGUUGUGGGGAUGCGAGUGAGUAGCGUGGCGCCACCUGCUGUCGGGCGAUGUAAAUUAUGUAGUCGCGGUCGCGCACGGAUGUAGCGUGGUUGAAUCAUGUGUCAUGUUUUAUUGUCGCGAGUUAUUUCUUGUCGUGAGCGUCGUCGUGAAAGAAAGCGGAACAGCCUGUUCAGUUACUACACUAGGACUAUUUUUAUUGCUGUGACGUUGAAGCGUUCAUAAAUAGAAAAAUAGACAUUUUGUACAAAACGG